GUCCUGAUAUGGCAUAGAAAGGGGAAAAUACUAUGGUUUCUCCUUUGCAAGAAGACUAGAAGCAACACUGAAAAGAAUUACGAGGCCAUGAUAGCAUCGUAUGGAUCCCUAACUCCAAAAAGAUACAUGUAUUCAGAGGUAAUGAAGAUAACUUCUUCUCGCGGCAAUCAGCUUGGAAAAGGUGGUUAUGGUGUGGUCUUCAAAGGAAGACUACAUGAUGGUCGUCUGGUUGCUGUGAAAUUCUUGCAUGACUGCAAAGGAAAUGGGGACGAGUUUGUGAAUGAGGUUAUGAGCAUUGGAAGGACCUCGCAUGUUAAUGUUGUUAGCUUAUGUGGGUUUUGUUUGGAGGGAUCAAAACGAGCUCUUAUAUAUGAGUACAUGCCCAACGGUUCCUUGGAUAAGUUCAUUUACUCAGAGAACCCCAAAGAAAUUUUAGGAUGGGAGAGGCUCUAUGCGAUAGCACUCGGGAUUGCUCGUGGCCUCGAAUACUUGCACCAUAGCUGUAAUACACGUAUCGUCCAUUUUGAUAUCAAGCCCCAAAAUAUCCUUCUAGACAAGGAUUUUAAUCCGAAGAUUGCUGAUUUUGGUCUAGCUAAAUUGUGUCAUACAAAGGAGAGCAAGCUUUCAAUGACUGGUGCUAGAGGAACAAUUGGAUUCAUCGCUCCAGAAGUUCACUCUCGAACAUUUGGAGUGGUUUCAACAAAGUCAGAUGUUUAUAGUUAUGGAAUGAUGCUUUUGGAGAUGGUUGGAGGAAGGAGAAAUGUAAAAUCAACUGUUGCAAAAUCCAGUGAAAAGUAUUUUCCCGACUGGAUUUAUGAUCACUUUGCGCAAGAUGAUGGAUUACAAGCAUGUGAAGUCACAGGAGAAACUGAGGAAAUCGCAAGAAAGAUGACAUUAAUUGGAUUGUGGUGCGUACAGAUAUUGCCUGCAUAUCGUCCUACCAUAACCAAAGUUCUAGAAAUGUUCGAGAGAAGCUCAGAUGACAUGGACAUGCCACCGAAGCAAAACUUCUCUGGAUUGCUUGAAAGUUCAGCUCAAAAUAUGGAUGUACAAAGUUCAAGUUCUAACAAAUCUGAGGAGAUCGGCCUUGUGAAUUCAAAAAUCCUACAAAAAUCGCCAACUCUUUGAGCAGAUAGGCCAUGUGAAUCAAAGAACCUACAUUCAUUUCCAACACGGUGAGAAGGUGGCCUCUGGCCUGUACUAGAGUACAUUCAGAAAUUGAACAAAUCC